CAGGAAGUUGCCAAUGUAUGGGUAACUCAACACACUCCACUCUCCCAUUUAAACCUCCACACUCUCCUCUCCUUUCUUCUUCACACUUAAAAAAACUUUCUCCAAAUCAAAAAUAAAUCUUUUUAUUUUCCGAAAUGAAGUUCACCAAACUGAAUCCAAAACGACUGUUCAGAUCCAAAGACCGUUCCACGGUAUCUAAAUCCACCGCUUCUUCUUCGUCUUUCUCUUCCGGCGCCGCCGACGAGUGUAAUAAUAAUCACUCCUCCGUCGUCACAGGCGGCUCCGUCACUCCGACUAGCAUCCUCCCGGAGGAGGUCUCCGGCGCUCCUUCUCCUUACUCGUACGUCGAGAUCCUCCAGGCGUUUAAGCUGAUCGACAGAGACGACGACGGAGCCGUCUCGAGGCACGACCUCGAGUCGCUGCUCACGCGGCUCGGUCCCGAUCCCCCGACGGAGGAGGAGAUCGACGUCAUGCUCAAGGAGGUGGACUGCGACGACGACGGAGACGGUACGAUACGCCUGGAGAAGCUCGCCAGCCGCGUCGUGGUGGUCUCCUCGGACGAUCGGUUUCGUGAUGGCUCGGACGAGCUGAAGGAGACGUUCGAGUUCUUCGACGCGGAUGGCGACGGUAGGAUCUCGGCGGAGGAGCUUCUCCGAGUUUUCUCGGCCAUUGGAGACGAGCGGUGCACGUUAGAGGAGUGCGAGCGCAUGAUAGCGGCCGUUGACGAUGACGGUAACGGAUUCGUGUGCUUCGCUGAGUUCUCGAAAAUGAUGGAUCUCCAGAGAUGAUCUCUCUCUUAAUUAGUUUAUUUUGCACUUCUUUUUUUUUGUUUUUGUUAAUGAAGCUCUUUUUGCCCUAAUACUAGGGUUAUGAGUAAUCGUUUGUUAAAGUUGGCACGAGAUUCGAAGAACCGAAUAAACGUUAAUGAGAGAUUGACUGAUUAA